UUGGCACCGGCCAGUUAGCGCUCAGUUGAUGCAGGCUGCACCGAGGGCUGUGCGGCCACUUGUCUGGGGGCCGAACGGGAGCGGGGUCGUUUUGGUGCACGGCGCUGAAGGGAGGCAUGGUCCCAACCCCACCUCUCAAAGCGGCAACAUACGCCAAUUUCGACAAGAAGACUCGCGUGCUGGAGCCUCCAGUGACAAGCCGCCAUCCGAUGCAAAACGAUCCAAAAAUGGUUACAACCACGGUUCAUCAUCUCUCUCAUUUCGAGAUGUCCAAGCUGCUUCGCAAACAGACAUAAAGCCUCCGAUCAAGCAAUCUCUGGAAAGGCGAGAGGUAAACCCGGGGGGUGGAGUAAAACGGCCGGCCAGCGCACAAGGAAGGGAGGAAAAGAGGCAGCGAACGGAGGCGCCGCGGGUGCCUGGGUGGAAGGCAAAAGCGGCGGAGGCGGUAGACGUUACAGACCAGUUUGCACUGGAGGAUGUAAACAAGGAUGCGUUCAAGAAGAAGGUGGAGCGCGAGACGGAUGCGCACCGCCUGGCGCAGCGCCAGAAGCAGAUCGACUUCGGCAAGAACACGCUCGGCUACGAGCGUUACCUCGAGGUCACCCCAAAGGCCAAGCGGCAGAAGGGCGACCCGACCACCCCGAGGAUUCACCAGGUGUGCAGCAAGCGCAGCUGGGACGGGCAGAUCAAAAAGUGGCGCCGAUUCCUCCACCGGUACGACCCCCCGGUUGACGACGAGGCGGAGUUUGCGGAAGAAGAGUACGUACCGGGUUACCGGGAUAAUGCCGGCGGGGUUAAGGAGGAUGAGACUGGUGCUGAGGGUGCCCCAGAAGAGAGUGCGGAAGAGGAAGAGGCGGAAGAAGUUAAGGCUUCGAUUUUCGAGGAUGAUGAGGAUGAGUUCGUCGGGUUGUGAGUUGAGCGGCCGAGUCCAUGCGAUGCUGUUGAGUUAGACCUGCUUUGUCCAGUCGAUCAGACCGUACGAAAGUGCGGCGCGCUCGAAGGGAACUGCUGAGGAAGUAGUCUCGAGUUGCCAAAUCAUGACCGUCGACAGCACGAACGUUUCUUCCGCUGCUCAUGUGAAUCGAUUUGCGUUGAGCUCAUAG